AACCUUCGUUCGAAAGCGAGAGGGAGAAUUAUGAAUGCCCGUAGUGCGCCCCACUACACUACGUUUUCGAGCAUUCAUAUAAAACCAAUUCCACUGACGUUUCAAGUCAUUCUUAAACACGCAGCCUGUUGAGUCGUACCGUACAGAGUUAAAGAGUGAUCGCGAUGGCACCGACACCGUUCAUCAACCACGAGUAUAGCGAAGAACCGAUUUCCAGGACUUACCAAUAUCGGAAAGUGAUGAAGCCAAUGCUGGAGCGAAAACGAAGGGCCAGAAUCAACAGGUGUCUGGACGAGUUGAAGGAGUUGAUGGUUACCGCGCUGCAGAGCGAGGGCGAAAACGUUUCCAAAUUGGAAAAGGCGGAUAUUUUGGAGCUGACAGUUCGCCACCUGCACAACCUGAAACGACAACAUCAGUUGAUCCUUCCGCAGGAACAAAGUUACGCAGACCGAUUCCGCGCUGGAUUCACGCAGUGCGCGCAGGAAGUCACCCAUUUCAUCACCACCCCCAACGACACCAUUGAUCCUGCUGCCGGGAGGAAGUUACUCCAGCACUUGGGGGCCUGUGUCAGACAGUUGGAUUGUGUCCAGCAAAACAUGCAAAUCCAGUAUCCCCAGCAAACAUUCACGCCUCCGAUUUCGCCCGCGAACAAUACUGAGGUGAAGCACAGUCCAAUGUGGAGACCCUGGUGAUUUGUGACGUUCGACUUUAGUGAAAUUCUCAGCUUUAUUUUUCCGAAUGUGGAUUAGUUUAAGUUAGGGUUAGUUGAAAAUUUUGAUUCUGGUUAUGUUUAGUAUUAUUUUAUGUUUAGAAGGUUGUUACUCACAGUAUAUUAUUAUAUAUAUUUUUAUAUGGGAAAAACAAUGAGCUUUAAUGCUGUGAUAUGUUAGAUAUGUAGUAAUAAAGUGACAUGAAAUAAAUGUGUUGUUGCAGAUUUAGUACCUGACUGAUAUUUUUUUGUAAUUUUUUACGAAUAAAGAUUAUUUUGUAAU